AUGUUAGGGGGUUUCCAAGGGCUUGGUGGGUUUGGACUCCUCUUAGGGCUAUUCCUAUUCACGGUGGUAGGGAAUGCAGCGGGGUUGGAAUUAAGGACGGCGCCGUACCCCCCGGCGAGGCUGCGAUGGGGGAUUGCUCAGGCGCUUAGUGAGCCGCCCAGUGUGUGGUGGGCCGCCAUGCAGCCGACCCCUGAGGCUGCGGCUUGGACAGAGUUGGGUGAGGUGGGGCUGGAGCGCUAUGCGGCCGGGCACUCCGUGACGCUUCACCUCCCAUCUCCGCCAGCGGAGGCAGGGGGUCGGAUCUUGCCCUUUACAACGGUGAUGUGCGAGGAGCAGCCGCACACACGGGGAUUUAAUGGCCCAUUGGAAGGGACCUGUUUUUUUUACACCAGUACUACCACCAACCCCGCCUCAGAGGGACCAGAGGAAGAGGUGUUUCUCAAGUAUGAAGCUCAAGUUAAACAGCAGGGGAGCCGAGGGAUUCUCCAGGGGCGCGGUGCCUUGGGGACUGGGGAUGGCAUGACGAGAAGGGGGCUUUCGAACAAGGGCAGCUCCUCUUUUUCAUCACCCUCUUCAAAGACGGGAGUUUAUAUUAUCGAGGAAUUUUCUUCAAAUUCAGUGAAUGAAGGUGAUGGAUUGGUGAAGUUGUUGGGUUAUGUAUUUAUCGAAGAGCAUCUAAACGUCGUUGACGACUUUGGUCACUUUAGUCUUAUAUUUCGUUUUAGUGAGGAGAUGCGUAAUAGGACUACUGCGCAACUCCGCACGUGGCCUGCAGCUUUUAAACUCACUGGAAUGAGGGGCGACCCCAUUCUACGAGCGUCGCGGCUUCGUACAGCUGAAGGAUCAACGCUGUUCUACCGAUGGAUUUUUCCGGUGCUACUUUUAUCAGGAUUAAUAAGCAUCUUGUGGAUUUCAAUCAAGGUCAUUGAAUGGAGACAUCGAACAACUUACACUGUCCCUACCAAUGGCGUGUGCGAGUCGGAGUGUGCUAUAGGCACUAAGAAGAAAAAUUAG